UUGCUCCUCACUGCACACUCUCUCUUGUAUCCUCUUUCUCUCUUUCUCUGUGUGUUUUUGCUUCUUUUGAAGAAAUAUGGCUGAGGGAAGAGGCAGUGCAGUGGUGGGCAUGGUGGUCCUCUGGUUGUUGCUGCUCCAUUUUGAGAUGGGUAGUGCAGCAACUUAUACUGUUGGAGGUUCUAGUGGUUGGACCUUUAACGUUUCUGGCUGGCCUAAAGGAAAACGCUUUAGAGCUGGUGAUAUAAUUGUGUUCAACUAUAGUCCUUCAGCACACAACGUAGUGGCAGUGGGGAGGCCUGGAUACAGUUCAUGCAAAGCUCCAAAAGGUGCAAAAGUUUAUACAUCAGGCAAGGAUAGGAUCAAGCUUGUGAAGGGCCAAAACUUCUUUCUCUGCAGCUUUGCUGGUCACUGUCAGGCUGGAAUGAAAAUAGCCAUAACUGCUGUCUGAUAAAUCUAGCUACCUUGUUAAAAAUUUAGAAAUAUGAGAAAUUUUAAUUUCUCUUUCACUUUUCUGUAUGUUUAAUUUUAGGUUUUUGUGUUAAAAAUUGUCGCUCAUGUAUGGGUCUGACACAGACUCAAUCUGAGUGCUGGUGUGUCUUGCUUUUGUGGGUGGGUCGGUGGCUAGCCUGCCAUGUACACAGGCUAGCCUACCUAUAAUUUUAUCAAGUAGAAAGUGGAAAGAAAUAAAAGGGUUGGUAAUAUUUUGA